GAAGCGCAUUAUUAAAGUCGGCGGAAGUUGUUGUGAAAUCUCAUGUUUUGCGCGCUCCUUGCGCUUCUGGAACUAUUCCGCACGAACUCAUUGCCAGCCUGAGCGAUUCUGCUAAUUAACGCCUGUCAGUAUGGAGCAGAACAACAGCCUACCUCCUUUCCCCCAAGGGCUGGCAUCUCCGCAGGGAGCCAUGACGCCUGGCCUGCCCAUUUUCAGUCCCAUGAUGCCGUACGGCACGGGUCUUACACCACAGCCAGUGCAGAACACCAACAGCUUGUCCCUCCUGGAGGAGCAGCAGCGACAGCAACAGCAGCAGCAACAACAACAAGCAGCCUCACAACAGCAGAGUGGGAUGGUGGGAGGUUCAGGCCAGACACCCCAGCUCUACCACUCGCAGGUCUCCACCACAACGGCACUGCCAGGCAACACGCCACUUUAUAACACACCACUUACCCCUAUGACCCCCAUCACUCCUGCCACACCGGCCUCAGAGAGCUCUGGUAUCGUCCCCCAGUUACAGAAUAUUGUGUCUACUGUAAACUUGGGGUGCAAACUUGACUUGAAGACGAUAGCACUUCGAGCCAGAAAUGCUGAAUAUAAUCCAAAGCGUUUUGCUGCCGUCAUCAUGAGAAUACGAGAACCCAGAACAACAGCGCUCAUCUUCAGCUCAGGGAAGAUGGUGUGCACAGGAGCGAAAAGUGAGGAACAGUCCCGAUUGGCAGCCAGAAAAUAUGCCAGAGUGGUGCAGAAGUUGGGUUUUCCUGCCAAAUUCUUAGACUUCAAAAUUCAGAACAUGGUCGGCAGCUGCGAUGUCAAGUUUCCCAUCCGAUUAGAGGGCCUGGUGCUUACACACCAGCAGUUUAGCAGCUAUGAACCGGAGUUAUUUCCAGGAUUAAUCUACAGAAUGAUCAAACCCAGAAUCGUACUUUUAAUAUUCGUUUCAGGAAAAGUUGUACUUACAGGUGCAAAGGUUAGAGGAGAAAUUUACGAAGCGUUUGAGAAUAUAUACCCUAUCCUGAAAGGAUUCAGGAAGACUACGUAAUCUUGUUCCGUUAUCGCUGGUGAAUUACUUCCUGAGCCCACCGGUAUGUCUGGGGUGACCUACUCGGGUUUUAUUUACUUUUGUAAGCCUGUAAAUAUGAAGGACACAUUUUCUUCACUCAGAAAGUGAACAGAUUUGAGGGUUAAAAAUGCUUUUUUCCCUUUUUAAAUGUUUUUCACCUGCCAUUUGGUUUUCAAAAUACUGUUUUAACUAUGUCCGAACAUUUUAAUGGUUUGAAUUCUUUUAUGGUUUUGUUAAAAUGUUAAUUUUAUACUUUUACACAUUCCCUUUAUUAGCAGGUUUUAUGUAUUGCAUUACUGAUUGUCUGUCAGUGAGAGGAAUCAGUCUGUAGAAAGCAAUGAUGAUGUUGAUCAGUGCAAGGGAACUCUUUUGUUUGGAGAAGUGCAUUUAGGUUAUUUUCCAACAAAGCUUUGGAAACAAGUUUGCGGAUCAUCGUUUGUUGAAGUCAUCAUGUGGAUUUGGCCUUUUAAGUUAGUUUUCAAAUGAGAUUGGUUGACAGAUCUAACGAUUUUAAUUGCCAUUUCUUUGCAUGAUGACUGUAGGUCUCUUAAUAGCCCCAUAUAAAGCACUGACAUCUUAAUUUAAUACUUUUGUCUAUGUAACUAAUUUACUUGGCUACAUUGAAUGCAAAUAAAUGUUUGCCAACUUCAGUCUAUUGCUGCAUUGUAAAGUAUUACCUCCGUGUAUGUUGUCUGUUUUUUUUUGUUUUUAAUAAUGGUAAUGAGAUUACAUCUUCAGUAGUGUUAUGAUGACAGUUUUUACAACAGAAAGGACUUUAAGUGAGGAGAAUCAGUAUUAGUGUGAGAUUAUUUUGGAUUUCAUACCAGAACUACACUAAUUAAACCAUAAGUAAUAGUAUUAUUACAACAAGGCAGGAAAUGGUGUUAAGAUGUUGACUUUAGAAAUUACAGGCUUUAUUUAAAACUGAUCUACGUCAACGUUUAUAUACUACCAUUCGAUCUAGGG